CGAAUCGACUUCACAUCCAUUUCAGGUAAAAAUGGUUUCAUUGAGAGAACUCACAGAGCAACGAGGUAACCAGGGCAGAGAGGGAGAAGAGGAGGGGGUUUUGUCAGUGGAGCCUAUCACGAUGAUAGUGCCACCAGAGUUGCAGGAUGUACCGGAAACAACGGCGUCUGAGAACAGCGCCAGUUCCAACGCCAGCGACAACGGUGACGACCACCGUGGUGCGUUGCCGAGCAGCUCGUCUAGCGAAGAGACACCCAGCCGUGAAGAAGGGGUGGGGGACGUGGUGAGCAGUAUCUCAGAUCGACCGCUGAUUGGGGAAUGGGAAAGCACAACGAUCCCGGGCAGGCUGAGCAACCUGCGAAAAGCACCGAAGGACCUGCCCGCUGGAUUCAGGUCGCUAUUCCAGUGCCGGUUGUGUCCGAACUCACGAGGAGCGAAGUGGUACUACCUCUCUGGGAGGGAUAAGAGCCAGCUCUUCAAAAACGUGAGGAACAAAGUGGCGAUGUGGAAGAGACAAUUUAUUUUUGUUCGCAACACACGAGCAGAAAGGAUAAGCAACGACCUCGCUGCCCGGCUGUCUGAGUGGCGCACGCCAAACGCCCACAUCAACUAUCCACAGCUGCUACCGCAGGAUGUAGAUCUGAAGAACCAGCUGCUUAAGUAUGCGCAGGGGGAGGGUUUGAUAGAUCUAGAGGCCCUGGUUACCUCGGAGCAGCUCGCCGUGUUCGGGUUUGUCGAUGUGACAAACCUGAUCAGCGAAGGUAUAUUUUCAUCAUAUAACAUGGAUUCUAGCCGAGCUGAGGCUUAUACGUUUGUUUGUGCAGGUGAAAUGAGCAGCAUACUGGAACGUCAACGUCAACGCGCCCAGAGUUCCCGAGGGCGUGGGGCAAGCAACGCGCAACCCCGGCAAACUCGAUUCGACGAGCGGCCACCCUCAGCGCCUCAACCACGCAGCUCUUCACACCGGGGAUCCAGCUCGUCGUCAAGGCCACGUGCGGAUCACAGAGUUGAGACGGCGGCCCCGGGCGCGCGCAGACGCACGCGCGAGGAUACAGAGAGCGAGGAGGAUGAAGUCCCCCUAGCCAGGCGCAUAAGAAGCGGGGGUACUCAGCCCGCUCAGGCGGCUCGUCCUACAACGGUGCGUUCGCCCGACGCACCGUUAGCGACCGCACGGGCGUCAGUCGAGCCCGCCUCUGCAUCAGCUUCGUCCUCGGGCCCCAGGAUUGCUUAUCCUGAGGGUUUCAGCUAUAUACGGGCGGAGUGCCAGCCCGCCAUGGUGCAGGCCAUGCACAGUUUUGUGCCCCCGACUGAUAAUCGGCGGGCAAAAGCGUUCGUGCAGCAGCAUGGCGGCCAGGUCGCCAUGAUCAAGCUGAUGGAUGCAUUCAGCUACGCUGUGGCGCUCUAUGAGAGCGAUCAGGCGGCUCGUACACAAAACAGCGAGCUCGGUUCCAAGUGCAAGCAACUGGCUGCUGAGAAAGCCAGCCUUGUGGACGAUGUAAAUCGUCUGCAAGGCUCUGAAAUGGCGAACCGAGCCGCGGCUGCUGAGAGCCGAGCGGACGAGCUCGCCAAUAAGAUCAAUGAGCUCACCGAGGAGCUAGAGCGAGCUCGAGCUGAAAGGGAGAGCGGGAUCCAGGCAGCAAAGGAUGAGGCCGCCAGGGUUGAAGAGCGGGCGAAGAAAGCUGAGGCCGACAGGGAUCACGCGAAGCACGAGCUGAGCUCCCUUAGGCACCAAGUCGUCGAGGCGGACAGAAACCUUGCUGCUGCCGGGGAAGCACUAAACGAGCUAAAAGCUUCCCAUGCCCGUUCUGUCGUCAUCGCCCGGGCUCAAGGGGCGGAAUGGCUCGUUGGUUCGGCUGCGUUUCAGGACGCUGUGGCGGUGGCGUCAGCAAAUGUAACCACGGAGAUCUACAACGAGAUCCGUGGAAAAGUGCUGCAACACCGCCCGGAUUUUCCGAUCCGCGAGUUGGUCUUUUUUGACGGGGAGGAGCUCGACGAGCAGGGUAAGAGCCUUGCUCCCCUCGCUGACACAACUGUGAGGCUGAGGUGGGAUUUGAACGAGGAGGGUGUGCCCUUCUGGCCACCGUCCGUGCUGGAGGACGGGGAAGAUCCGGCAGGACUGUCCUCCUUUGAUGCCUGGGUAGAGGGUGCUCCUGUGGCUGAGCAAGUGCCUUCAAGCACCCCACCCAACUCUCAACCCGCUGCUGUGCCAUACAGCUCCCUGGUCAACGCGCCAGCCUCUGAGCCCGGUGCCCGGUCCCCUCCUGCUCGCUCUCCCGCAGCCGCUGCUGAUGCAUCCAUGCCCGUCGACCUGACGGAUGACUAGAUUUAGGGUUUUUCCUUUUGAUUUUUUGUACCUUGUUUUUGCAUUUUUGUAUUUGAUCAAUGUAUCCAUAUCGCGUGUAUGUUCAAU